AUGGCGUCACUAGCAUCUACAUUCUUCUAUCACUGUCUCGCGAUCAGUCUGCUCGUCGCAUAUUCCACGGCCUACGAUAUUGGCAAUGAUGUCGAGAGCCAAAACCGAGCCGGAGCAGAAGGGCCCUCUGACGAUGGCGUGGGAGUGUCGUCGACAGGAAUGAUCGUCCUCUGCACAAUAGUAGGCGUGGUUGUCGUUAUUGGAGUCUCCUCCGCAGCUCUCUUCUUCGUCGCUAAGCGCCGCCAAUGGGCCAUGCGAGAAACCCUGCGUCGAUCUGCGCGACACGUCGUCGACGCCGUCAAGACGCCCCUGACGCCCAAGUUCUCGAGGUCGCAGCUCCGACAGCCGCCGUCGCAGUCAAGUCUGAAUCCGAUGGUGAAGAAGACAACCACGGAUGAAAGAGUCAAGAAUUGUGGCCGAGACGAUGAUUUGGAGAAGAAUGCGGUGGUGACGGAGGUUGAGGCUUCCGCGGGCGCGAAGCCGAGGACUUGGGGAUCUAUGUUCGCUUUUGGUCGGAAGUGA